CCUCCCUCUCCCUUCCUCUCUCAGUGGCAGCCCACCCUGCCCUGGCCCUUGCUGGAUGGUGACAGGCAGGUCUGAGCCAUGAGACUGGCUUGUGUCCUGCUGCCCCUGCUGCUGCAGGCCGGCUGGGCGGCCGCGCAGGACGACCAGGAGGCUGCGAGGGCCAUCGCCUUCCAGGACUGCCCAGUGGACCUGUUCUUUGUGCUGGACACCUCUGAGAGUGUGGCCCUGAGGCUGAAGCCUUAUGGGGCCCUCGUGGACAAGGUCAAGGCCUUCACCAAGCGCUUCAUCGACAACCUGAAGGACAGAUAUUAUCGCUGUGAUCGGAAUCUGGUGUGGAACGCAGGUGCACUACACUAUAGCGAUGAGGUGGAGAUCAUCCGUGGGCUCACACGCAUGCCCGACGGCCGCGAUUCACUCAAGAGCAGCGUGGACGCCGUCAAGUACUUCGGGAAGGGCACCUACACCGACUGCGCCAUCAAGAAGGGGCUAGAGGAGCUGCUGGUGGGGGGCUCCCACCUGAAGGAGAACAAGUACCUGAUCGUGGUGACCGACGGGCACCCCCUGGAGGGCUACAAGGAACCAUGCGGGGGCCUGGAGGAUGCGGUGAAUGAGGCCAAGCACCUGGGCAUCAAAGUCUUUUCAGUGGCCAUCACGCCUGACCACCUGGAACCACGCCUGAGCAUCAUUGCCACAGACCACACCUAUCGACGCAACUUCACGGCGGCCGAUUGGGGGCAGAGCCGUGAUGCAGAGGAGAUCAUCAGCCAGACCAUCGACACCAUCGUGGACAUGAUAAAAAACAACGUGGAACAAGUGUGCUGUUCCUUCGAGUGCCAGCCUGCCAGAGGACCUCCAGGGCUCCGGGGCGACCCCGGGUAUGAGGGAGAACGCGGCAAGCCAGGGCUUCCAGGAGAGAAGGGAGAAGCUGGAGACCCUGGAAGACCGGGCGACCUUGGACCUGUCGGAUACCAGGGCAUGAAGGGAGAAAAGGGGAGCCGCGGGGAGAAGGGCUCCCGGGGACCCAAGGGCUACAAGGGAGAGAAGGGCAAGCGUGGCAUCGAUGGGGUGGACGGCAUGAAGGGGGAGACAGGAUACCCAGGCCUGCCAGGCUGCAAGGGCUCACCCGGAUUUGAUGGCAUUCAAGGGCCCCCCGGCCCUAAGGGAGACUCUGGCGGCUUCGGACUGAAAGGAGAGAAGGGUGAACCUGGAGCCGACGGGGAGGUGGGAAGACUGGGAAGCACGGGGCCACCAGGAGACGAGGGCGCGCCGGGAGACCCUGGCCCACCAGGAGAGAAAGGAGAAGCUGGUGAUGAGGGGAACCCAGGACCCGAUGGUGCCCCUGGAGAAAGGGGUGGCCCUGGAGAGAGAGGACCUCGGGGGACCCCAGGUGUACGGGGGCCAAGGGGAGACCCGGGUGAAGCUGGACCUCAAGGUGACCAGGGAAGAGAAGGCCCCGUUGGCAUCCCUGGAGACCCGGGUGAGGCUGGCCCCAUAGGACCUAAAGGAUACCGAGGCGAUGAGGGCCCCCCGGGAGCUGAGGGUGCCAGAGGAGCCCCAGGACCUGCCGGACCCCCUGGAGAUCCAGGGCUGAUGGGUGAGAGGGGUGAAGACGGCCCUCCCGGAAACGGAACUGAAGGUUUCCCUGGCUUCCCCGGCUAUCCAGGCAACAGGGGCCCCCCUGGGAUAAACGGCACGAAAGGCUAUCCUGGUCUCAAGGGGGAUGAGGGGGAAGCCGGGGACCCUGGAGAUGAUAAUAACGACAUUGCACCCCGAGGAGCCAAAGGAGCAAAGGGGUACCGGGGUCCUGAAGGCCCCCAGGGACCCCCAGGACACACGGGACCACCAGGGCCAGAUGAGUGCGAGAUUUUGGACAUCAUCAUGAAAAUGUGCUCUUGCUGCGAGUGCAAGUGCGGCCCCAUUGACAUCCUGUUCGUGCUGGACAGCUCGGAGAGCAUUGGCCUGCAGAACUUCGAAAUCGCCAAGGACUUCGUCAUCAAGGUCAUUGACCGACUGAGCAGAGACGAGCUGGUUAAGUUUGAGCCAGGGCAGUCGCACGCAGGCGUGGUACAGUACAGCCACAACCAGAUGCAGGAGCAUGUGGACCUGCGAAGCCCCAGCAUCAGGAACGUGCAGGACCUCAAGGAAGCCAUCAAGAAGCUGCAGUGGAUGGCGGGGGGUACCUUCACAGGAGAGGCCCUGCAGUACACACGGGACCGGCUGCUGCCACCCACCCAGAACAACCGCAUUGCUCUGGUCAUCACUGACGGGCGCUCAGACACCCAGAGGGACACCACGCCCCUCAAUGUGCUCUGUGGCCCCGGCAUCCAGGUGGUCUCCGUGGGCAUCAAGGAUGUGUUCGACUUUGUCCCAGGCUCUGAUCAGCUCAACGUCAUUUCCUGUCAAGGCCUGUCACCUUCCCAAGGCCAGCAGGGCAUCUCACUGGUCAAGGAGAACUAUGCAGAGCUGCUGGAAGAUGCUUUCCUGAAGAAUGUCACCGCCCAGAUCUGCCUAGAUAAAAAGUGUCCAGAUUACACCUGCCCAAUCACCUUCUCUUCCCCGGCCGACAUCACCAUCCUGCUGGACGGCUCAGCCAGUGUGGGCAGCCACAACUUUGAUACCACCAAGCGCUUCGCCAAGCGCCUGGCCGAGCGCUUCCUUACAGCAGGCCGGACAGACCCUGCCCAUGAUGUGAGGGUAGCAGUGGUGCAGUACAGUGGCACGGGCCAGCAGAGGCCAGAGCGGGCAGCACUGCAGUUCCUGCAGAACCUCACGGCACUGGCCAGUGUGGUCGAUGGCAUGGACUAUUUCAAUGAUGCCACUGAUGUUAAUGAUGCCUUAAGCUACGUGACCCGCUUCUACCGCGAGGCGUCGUCGGGCUCAGCCAAGAAGCGGCUGCUGCUCUUCUCAGAUGGCAACUCACAGGGUGCCACGCCUGCAGCCAUUGAGAAGGCGGUGCAGGAGGCGCAGCGGGCGGGCAUUGAGAUCUUCAUGGUGGUGGUGGGCCGCCAGGUGAAUGAGCCCCACAUCCGCGUCCUGGUCACUGGCAAGACGGCCGAGUAUGACGUGGCCUAUGGCGAGCGCCACCUGUUUCGCUUGCCCAGCUACCAGGCCCUGCUGCGUGGCGUCUUCCCCCAGACUGUCUCCAGGAAGGUGGCACUUGGCUAGCCCACCAUACCUGGCCCUCACCUGCCCGCAGCCUCCCCAUCCCCCACAAAAAUAGAUCGUAAAAUGUGAUACGAACUUUGCUGAACAACCUGUUAGCAAGGUUUUUUUUAGGGAAAAGUUUGGUGCUUUGUGUAGUGCCUCCUUGGCUCAGCCCCGAGUACGACCGUGCCACUCCUCCCACUGGGAUUCCUCCUGCAUCUCCCAUGGGCCCUCUGAGCUCUGUGGUGCCUCUUCCAGCCAGCCUGGUCAGAAGCUCCAAGUCUGUUUUUUUUUCCACCUCUUCUUUCUGCGACUCCUCCUUGCCCUCCUCCCUUGCCCCAUAGCUCGCUUUUCCCCAUGAAUCCUACAGAAUUCUUCACUUAACAUUUCCUUUACACUCAAAGUCAAAGCAAACUCUCCUAGUUAAUUCCUGUGAGAUGUUGCUCUCUGUCUCAUUUUUGGAAACCAAGAGCAAGAGAUUUUUUAAAAACAUAAAUCUCGAUGCUCUUGCUGGUAAUUGGGACCUUAGCUCCCGCAGUCCACGGGCGGCCCAGGGUCAGCAGGAGUGUGGCUGUCAAUGGCACAGUCAACUGUCAUCCCCACAGAAUAACGUUCUUCAACCCCAUGAACAAGGUGCUGUCCCUGUCGAGCCCCCAUGUAUGCAGAGACCUGGCCUGGACUGGACAUGAGAGUCACAUGUGUCUCACUAAAAACCAUCCAGAGCUCUUUUUCCUAAAAACAUGACCUGUUUUACAUUGUAGUGAAGAUCUUCUUCAUAUAUUAAUUUUAUUUUUACUCCUUCCUAUGUUUUUUAUCAACCAUGUCCAGGUUGACAAUUUCUCCAAAUAAAGAUUUUCAGUCGCCUCUU